AACUCUAAUGAGGAUACGCUCCAAGCUUCAAGAAAUUUAAGAAAACACGCCUCCCAUUCCAUUGUCUGUUUUCACGCGUUCCUGCGAAUUAUAUAUGCAUUGCAUAUAAAGAGAAUAAUAAUUAAAUUAUGAAGCUUACCCUGUCAUCAUUUAAGAACAAACUAGGAAAUCAGCUUAACCACAUUUUCAGUUUUUUGUUUUUCAAAAUUUAUCUCUCUGUAACUUCCUUCUGAUCUAAGUUUGAACUCUGAGAGCUUUUUUCUUUGAUUUUCUGUGCUAAUUCAAGCUUAGCAUCCGGAUUUUUUAUUCAUUGCGGUUGUGGGCAGCUGACAAAUGACUUAAAGUUUUCAAUUCUUUGGAGUUUUAAGCGCUUAUUGUCGAGAAUUUUCGCGUAUUUUUCCGGCAUUUAGCAAUCAUCUAUGAGGAACAGCAAUAAUUCUUGGCUUUCAUCAAUUAUCAGUUUUUUGUUAUUGGCCGUUUUGGUUGAUUAUAUAUCAGCAACUGAUUAUGUACCAACAGAUAGGAUUUCAUUGAACUGUGGAGGUCCCCCUGAUUCUAGUGAUAAUGAUAAUCGUAAAUGGACAUCAGAUAUUGGAUCGAAGUUUGCAUCUUCUCGCGGAAACUCUUCGACCGCCUCUGCUGCUACCCAGAAACCCUCUGUACCCAAUGUACCUUAUAUGACUGCUCGGAUUUUCCGAUCCGAGUAUACCUAUACUUUCCCUGUUGCAACAGGCCGUAAAUUUGUCCGUUUAUACUUUUAUCCCACAUCUUAUAAUGGGCUAGAUGCUUCCAAUGGCAUCUUCAAAGUUACUUCUGGUCCAUAUACCCUUUUGAAAAACUUCAGUGCUGCACAAACUACUGAAGCGCUGAACUAUGAUUUUUUGAUGAAGGAGUUCUCUGUUAAUGUCCCGUCCGAAGUUUUAAGUCUAACUUUCACACCAUCCCAGGAUAUUUCUGACUCUUAUGCAUUUGUAAAUGGGAUUGAAGUGUGA